AUGGGAUCAAAUCCAGUUGGACAAAGUGACGAAGAUCAAACCAACUCUACUAGACAGGAUGGACCUGGAACUGGAGACCGAGCCAACUCUGUUGCGCAGGAUGAGAACCUCUACGAUGACACUGGGGAAAUCCAAGCGCCAGCUCGAAACAAUGAGAACACAAGCAAUGACGACCUCGACGAAUUCACUCGAGGAGAGAAACCUCAACUCGAAGAAGAAUCCGUCAGAUAUAUGGAUGACACGGUCGAUAAAUUCAGGAGAGGAGAAAUUACGAAACUCAAAGCGUUAUCGAACAUUAUCGGAGCGCUCAACUUCGAUCCAUCCAAAACUAACAGAGCGAAAGACAGUGCCAUCGAAAUCUACGCCAAAACCUUGGAUGAAUACGCAGCCCUCUCUUCUUCAGCGAUUAAGCGAGGAAACCAUGCCGCGGUUGGACUCGACCCUAAAUCUGUUCAACCGGAGCAACGUGAACCCAAGAACGUUGACGCUAACAGAGCGAUUGACGAGCUCAUCUCUCAAUCAGUAGAGACAGCGACAGGUCGAAAAGGGGGAACUCCCCUUCAGGAUCUGAUGAUGACGACGAUGGAGACGAACCCUCAAAUAAGAAACGAAGAGUUUUCGAAUCCGAGAUGCCCUGGUAUAAUCGAGAGGAAGAAGCCAGACGUAGCGGAAACAGAGAUUGCGAAGAAUCUCGACGAAUUCUCCAAGUCUUCGCCCACAGUGGAUCCAAAAUUCCAGGACUGCGCCGCUCGGUUUCCCCACUUCAGAAUGGGACAACAUCAUUAA